AAUAAAUAUGCCGAUAAGUAAGGAACAAUUAUUUUAUGGAAGUGACAAUAUUAUAGACGUACAUGUAGCUGUGGCAAUAAUUUUGACAAAACAGUCAAAGUAGUAUAAAGAAUAAUUCAUUAAAUAAAAGAAGAAAGAAAUUUAAUCAAAAUGACGGUUGAUUUGUCGACCGUGCCACUUGUUGGAAUCUCUGCUGUGAGUAAACAAAUUAUUACAGCUAUGUUAAACCCCAAGAAAGUUUUAUCAAGCGAUAACGGUUUACCAAGAGAUUGGCGAGGUCUCGCACAUUUGUUGGAACUCAAUGGAGAAAUAAUGUCACUGCUUGUAUCACAUUCUGAUCCAACAACAUACAUGUUAACAAUGUUAGAGAAAAAUAAAAAAAAUAUUACCAUAAAAAAUUUUCAAACAAUGAUGGAAGAAAUGGACAGAUGGGAUAUUAUUGAUGACACUGAAGCAAUCUUUCAAAAUGAUGCUGUAAAAUAUUUGGAACAACAGCAAAGAGCUCAAGUAUCAGCUGAUUUGAUAGAUAGUGUUGAUCAAGAAGUACUUACAUUAGGCGAUGUUCAUAGGUUAAGUCAAGGUUUAGAAACACAAUAUUAUGAUGCAUUCCUUUUAUAUGCAGAUGAAGAUGUUAGUUUUGUAAAUGAAAUGGUACAAAAAUUGGAGGCAGAAUAUAAACUAAAGCUUUGUUUGAAAGAUCGAGAUCUAGUUGGUGGAGUAGCAUUUGAGCAUGAAGCAGUGAUGAAAUUAAUAUCAGAACGAUGUAAUAGAUUACUCAUUAUAAUAUCGCCCAACUUUUUAAAAAGCUCAGCAAACAAGUUCUUCUUAAAUUAUGCUCAAGCUUUAAGUAUUGAAAAGCGGCAGAGAAAGCUCAUACCAUGUAUAUAUGAAAGCUGCGAAUUGCCAUUUCAAUUGAAAUAUAUCUCUACUCUGGAUUAUAAUCGUAGAGGAUUAUAUAACUUUUGGGACAAGUUACAUGAUUCUAUAAAAACUUCAAAUUCUAUCAAUACAAACAAUAUAACACAGAGAAGGAAUACAACAAAAGAAGUUACAGAAGUAAAGGAUAUUUUGUUUGAUAAGCAUGAUAAUAUACCUCAAAAUAGUCAAAAGACAAAUGAAACAUCAAAAUAUCUACAACAGAAGAAUAAAAAAUAUACCAUUGCAAAAAUAAAUGAUGCAAAAGCUUUAAAUGUUGAUAGUAAAAAGAAUAAGACAUUGUUACGAUGGGAAAAAAUUACAAAUUGGAAAAUGAAACAAACUAAGCAAAGUGGCCAAUUAAUUACAGAGACAGCAAUUCAAAAUCUGCCAUCAGUGGAUAAUUUAGACAGCUUGGAUUUAUCAAAUACUGAUAUAUAUGAGAAUAAAAAGAAAAAUUUAUUUAGCAAGUUUACAAAGAAGAAAAUUGGUAUAAAAGCUUGAGAGACAAGGCAUUUUUAUUGUCAAAAAAUUGCACAUGAAAUUCUAUUUUCUAUUU